GUGACUGCCGGCGCCCGGAGGAGCCGGAGGGGGGAGGGGCCCCGAGGCAUCGCGCGCCCUGCCCCCGCCGCUGCCGCCGCCAUCAUGGGCAUUAAGUUUUUAGAAGUUAUUAAACCUUUCUGUGCUGUUCUACCCGAAAUCCAGAAACCUGAAAGAAAGAUCCAGUUCAGAGAGAAAGUGCUAUGGACAGCUAUCACGCUUUUCAUUUUUUUGGUGUGCUGUCAGAUACCUUUGUUCGGAAUCAUGUCAUCAGACUCGGCAGAUCCUUUCUAUUGGAUGAGAGUCAUUCUUGCAUCAAACAGAGGCACUUUGAUGGAAUUGGGUAUCUCACCCAUUGUCACAUCUGGUUUGAUCAUGCAGCUGUUAGCUGGAGCUAAGAUCAUUGAAGUUGGUGACACUCCAAAAGACAGAGCUCUGUUCAAUGGAGCACAGAAAUUGUUCGGGAUGAUUAUUACCAUUGGGCAAGCCAUUGUGUAUGUUAUGACUGGAAUGUAUGGCGAUCCCGCUGAAAUGGGAGCUGGGAUUUGUCUCCUUAUCAUUAUUCAGUUGUUUGUUGCUGGUUUGAUUGUGCUGCUGUUAGAUGAACUGCUGCAGAAAGGUUACGGCUUGGGGUCUGGUAUUUCCCUAUUUAUUGCUACCAACAUCUGUGAAACCAUUGUCUGGAAGGCCUUUAGUCCCACUACCAUUAACACUGGCAGAGGAACUGAGUUUGAGGGUGCUGUGAUCGCAUUAUUCCAUCUUCUGGCUACCCGAACUGACAAAGUCCGUGCUUUGCGGGAGGCUUUCUACCGACAGAAUUUGCCCAAUCUCAUGAAUCUGAUUGCUACAGUAUUUGUAUUUGCAGUAGUCAUAUAUUUUCAGGGAUUUCGUGUGGACUUGCCUAUCAAGUCAGCUCGAUACCGUGGACAGUACAGCAGCUAUCCCAUCAAGCUCUUCUAUACCUCCAACAUUCCCAUCAUUCUUCAGUCUGCCUUAGUUUCAAACCUCUAUGUUAUUUCCCAAAUGUUGUCUGUCCGGUUUAGUGGCAACUUCCUAGUAAACUUACUAGGACAGUGGGCAGAUGUCAGUGGUGGUGGUCCAGCUCGCUCUUAUCCUGUUGGUGGCCUCUGCUACUAUCUGUCUCCCCCAGAAUCCAUGGGAGCCAUAUUUGAGGAUCCUGUCCAUGUAAUCGUAUACAUCAUUUUUAUGUUGGGAUCCUGUGCUUUCUUCUCUAAGACAUGGAUUGAAGUAUCUGGUUCAUCAGCAAAAGAUGUUGCCAAGCAACUGAAAGAACAGCAAAUGGUAAUGAGAGGCCACAGGGAUACAUCAAUGGUUCACGAGCUUAAUAGAUACAUCCCAACAGCCGCUGCAUUUGGUGGCCUGUGCAUUGGUGCCCUCUCAGUAUUAGCAGACUUUCUUGGAGCAAUUGGGUCAGGCACUGGCAUUCUGCUUGCAGUCACCAUUAUUUAUCAGUAUUUUGAAAUAUUUGUAAAAGAGCAGGCUGAAGUUGGCGGAGUGGGCGCUUUAUUUUUCUAAACGUCCCAAUAUGUAGUGGGCCGUGUGAAAGGGAGUGUUUUGACAACAUGCAUCAUUUAGUCCAAUAAUGCUGUUUCCCCCCUUGUUUUAAAGUGCUAAAUGUCCCGUUAUUGUAAUGGGCAUCGAGCAAUGCCUGCGUGCAGCAUCAGUACCAGCUGCCUUAAGAGAAAAGUUUACAUUAUCUCGUUUCAGUAUCUCUAGUGUUGCCUGUAACGCUGGAAACCAAUGCAUCUACCUUGCUGUUCAAACACUACAGUGAGAUGGUAAAAUGUAUCAGUCUGAUAUUGGUGAACAUUUUUUGCACACGGCAUUAAGAUUUCUUUCCCUGUUUUUAGUAGGAAAAAAUGUCCCCCGAGUUCAGAUUGCCACGUGCCAGUGUUCAUGAGCUUAUUAAAUAAGUUCUUGAAAGAAUUUAUAUAUAAUCUAUAUUUUACAUGAAUUCCUUUUUGUACUUUUUUAACUUGCAUUUCCCCAUCCCUGUGCUCAGCUCUCCUUAUUUCUUUGUGGUGUCUUCACCUGGGCACCUUUUUCCUCACCAUGAAGGUGGACAAAUAUUUUACCAGAGACUGAUACUCAUCUCACCUGUGAACCGGUUCUGCGGAGGAGUGCUGUACGUGCAAGGUCCAGAGUACUUCGGUUCCUGGCUUGAGCUUCCCACGUGGCAGCACAGUAGGUGCUGUCAUGUCACCAGGUUGGCCCAAACGUUUUAUUUUUAACCUGUACUUGUGCAGACUGUGCCACUGAAACGUCAUGUCCACUUUGCUUUUGUGAUUCUGAAAAAUGAAGCCUGGUUCCUAAAGCAGUGUUCAUAGUGGGGAAAUGAGCAGUUCCUGCUGCAGACUUAUUUAUGUUGUUGCCUUUGGCAGCGGCAGUGUAACGAGUGUAAGCAUUGGACAAUAAACUUAUUUAAUUAAACUCGUUCCGUGUC